AUGCGCUUACAAGCAGACAACAGCAAUUGUGAAAACAAUGACUUAAGAGAAUUUGCUGAUUGGAUUUUAAGCAUUAGAGAUGGCAGGUGUGGAUCAUCUAUAGAUGGUAUUGAUAAGAUAAAGAUCCCAGAUGAUAUAUUGAUAUAUGAUUGGGAUGAUCCUAUUAGUUCGAUAUGUAAAGCAACUUACCCUGAAUUAUUUUGCGGUUCAAGUUGUGUUUCAAAUGUAAAAGACAAAGCCAUCCUCGCACCGACACUACAACUGGUGGAUGAAAUCAACAACAAUAUGAUUAGUUUGAACCCAUUCGAAGCUCGGACUUAUUAUAGUUCUGAUACAGUUUCUGAAUCUGAAACAAAUAACGAUAUUUUGGCAUCAAUUCACACACCAGAGUUCCUAAACACUAUUAGAUGCUCAGGAGUACCAAACCAUGAGAUAUUUGUUAAGAUAGGGACACUAAUCAUGUUACUAAGAAACAUAGAUCACUCAGUAGGUCUAUAUCUUCGAACCAAGAAAAGAAAAACUCAAGAAGAAUAUGCAGAAAGUUAUGGUGCUUGUGAUGACGUUGAAAGGGAAUUUGAUGAGAUUGAACGUAAUGAGAUACGACAACAACAAGCAUCAAGAAUUCCAGCACCUAUCUCUAGAAAGGGAGUUGGAAAACAACUCAAGGGACUACAAUCCUUUUUUCCACCGGCAGCAACACCUGGUGCUCAACCAAGUAUUAAAAGUGUUCUCCAAAGCAAAGAAAUUGUGGAGAAGUGUGAUAUUGCUAUUGCAAGAUGGAUGAUGGAUGCCUCUGUGCCAUUCAAUGCGGUUAAUUCAGCUUAUUAUUAG